UAUAUUUUAUUAUUAUGGACGGAAAGAAGGUUUUGGUGGCAGAUGACGAGCCCUUUGCUCAGAAUCUGAUAAAAAUGCUUUACGGAGCUCUUAAAGUAGAAUGUGUAGUAGUAUCUAAUGGAAAGGAAGCACUGGAAACUUACUAAAAAUCACCUAAUUUCGCUCAUGUUUUAAUGGAUAUUCAUAUGCCAGUUAUGGAUGGAUAUGAUGUAAGGGAGUGAACAUUUUAUUAGUCGACCAAACAAAUAAGAGCUCAUGAGAAAGCAAAAGGAUUGCCUAAAUGCAAGAUAUUAGGAUUGAGUGGGGGUAAGAAUAGAUAUUGAUUAAUUAUUUAUCAGAUGGAGAUCCAAAGACAAAGACAGCAUGUUUAAAUGCAGGAAUGGAUGACCUUUUAGUAAAGCCAAUAAAGAAGGAAUAAUUGUCAUAGUAUUUGUGAUUUACACAACUUAUAUUUUAUUGAUUUCUGC